UUCACUGUAAUAAACAUAUCCUUUUUAUUUUGUUCUCUGCAAUUUUUAGCAAAUCUCUCUUCUUCUAUAAAUACAUGAUUCUGAGUCUAAUCUCUCUCCCUCAACAUUCUCACAAAUCUCACUUCUGAACAUUGUGACCGAACACGUAUAGUGUCCGCCGCAUCUCUCUCUCUCUCUUGCUCUCUUCUCGUUUUAUUACAGCGUGAAAACUGUAUAGAGCAAAGAUAGAAUCUUUGUCGGAUCUUCACAAAAAGAAUCUCACUUUCUUCUUACCCAUCUCUCUAGCUACAAAAUGUUUGGGACUCUCGCUUCUGGAGAUAUCGAAACCGCAAGAUUGAGACGUGAUUUGAGGAUAACCGCAAGGUUCUCCUGCGGUGGAUUUGAGGAUCUUGGUAUGAGAUUGGAAGGUGAGAACUUGGUGCCAUACGGAGGUGGAGGAGACGGGGAAGUGGUGGUGACUGAAACGGUGCCGUUUCAGGUUGAACGUCCUCUGUUUCAGCAGACGCAGAAACUCGUUGUGGGGUAUGCUCUUACUUCCAAGAAGAAGAAGAGUUUCUUGCAGCCCAAGCUUGAGUUCAUGGCUAGGAGAAAAGGCAUUUGCUUUGUCCCCAUCGAUUUGAACCGUCCACUUUCUGAACAAGGACCAUUUGAUGUCGUUUUACACAAGUUACUGGGAAAAGAGUGGCAAGAGGUUAUUGAGGAUUACCAGCAGAAACACCCUGAAGUGACUGUGCUUGAUCCUCCAAGUGCAAUAAAACGUAUAUAUAAUCGACAAUCCAUGCUUCAGGGCAUGUCAGAUUUGAAUCUGUCUGAUUGCAGUGGCAGCAUUUAUGUUCCAAAGCAAAUGGUUGUCUUGAAAGAUUCAGCAUCUAGUGCUGAUAGAGUUGUGGAAGCUGGUCUUAAAUUUCCACUAGUUGCAAAGCCACUUUGGAUCGAUGGAUCUGCAAAGUCACAUCAGCUGUUCUUAGCUUAUGACAAACACUCUCUGGCAGAACUUGAACCUCCUUUAAUCCUGCAAGAGUUUGUUAAUCAUGGUGGAGUUAUGUUCAAGGUCUUUGUGGUGGGUGAUAUUAUAAAAGUGGUCAGACGAUUCUCUCUACCAAAUGUGAGUAACUGCGACAAAGCCAAAGCUGAUGGCAUCUUCAAGUUUCCGAGGGUUUCAUCUGCUGCUGCUUCAGCUGAUAACGCAGACUUAGACCCUAGUGUAGCUGAGCUGCCUCCAAAGCCUUUCUUAGAGGCUCUUGUGAAAGAGCUACGAACCUUAUUGGGACUUCGGCUAUUCAACAUAGACAUGAUCAGAGAACAUGGGAGCAAGAAUGUGUUUUCUGUUAUUGACAUCAACUACUUUCCUGGUUAUGGAAAGAUGCCAGAUUAUGAGCCAGUAGUUGUAGACUUCUUCCAGAAUCUGGCGCAAGCCAAACAUAAGAAGAGACACUAUAAAUGA